UUUCCCGAAUAAAAAUGCGUGAAUGUCGGCGCUUCAUUACUAAAUAUUGAGUUAUUAUAAAUUUUAAUCUGAUGCGAAAGAGACAUUGGUUUUGCGUAGUUCGAAAGUAAACAUUACGACAAGCAGUACAUUACUAACAAUCAGUGUAAAUAAACCGACAGUUUACAGCGAUAAUUUGUCAGCUAAUUUAAUCAUGCGGACGAGUUUUAUUAUACGUACUCGAAUUUUGUGACAAUCACAAUGGAACAUUCGCCACCAUCCAGUCUGCGACGAAUUGAUAAUAAAGAUGAAGACGCAGACGAGUUUUAUUCAGACGAAAAAAGAUCUUCGAUUGCAUCGCAAUCGUCGUCCAUUAUAAAAGAUGCUGAAAUUUCUGCCGCAAAAGAAAAAUUCUGGGACGAAAAGAAGCAAAAAAUCACAAUUGGAUGCGUCAUUGUUAUAUUUCUUGCGGUUUCAUGGGUUGGGACGCAACAAUUUGCACAAAAUGCCGUGCAGCUUGCCAGCUUCAAUGCUCCUUACUUCACCACUUGGAUGGGAACAUGUUGGAUGACUUUGUGCUUUCCAGCUUACACUAUUUUUAUAGGAUUGAAAUUCAGGAACCGUGCGGAAAUAUCAAUGUCUUUCAGAGAUGCAGCGCGAAUGUUUAAAACUCCUGAAAUAUCGAAAACACAGUUCUUCUUAAAGAUUGUUCCUUUAAAUAUGUUGUGGCUGGCCACAAAUUACCUGUAUAUUUCCAGCCUGAAGUAUAUUGCUGCAACCGAUGCUUCUGCCAUAUUUGCUUCAAAUGUUGCUUUUGUCUACAUGCUGGCGUUAUGCAUUCUUCAUGAAAGACUUUACGCUAUAAGGAUUUUUGCCUGCGUUUUUUGCAUAGCUGGGGUUGCAUUAUUUGCCUAUGCCGAUGGUUUCGUGGGCGGAUCCGGAAUUUUGGGAGGUACCAUGAUGACAGUUAUAUCUGCUUUUGGAGCAGCGCUUUACAAGGUUAUUUUCAAGUCGUGGUUGGGAACUGCAAAUUUGGGGCAAGUUUCUCUCUUCCUGUCUUUGCUCGGAGUCAGCAACGCAGUUUUUAUGUGGAUCGUGUUUUUGAUUCUUUAUUUUACUGGAGUGGAAUACUUUGAAGCGGAUGAUAUACCAUGGUCAGACCUGACCACGUCGAACUUUCUUUCUUUGGUGUUCAACUUUGCUGUUAAUUUCGGCGUGGCUUAUACGUAUCCUUUAUUUAUAUCGAUUGCAAUGAUGCUGGGAAUCCCGCUCAACGCAGUCGUUGACAUUUUUGUGAAAGGUGUUACAUUCAGUCCUACAAGGCUCGCUGCAGCUUUUCUUGUAAUACUUGGUUUCUGUGUUAUGCUUUUUCCGGAUCACUGGAACUAUCCAAUCCAUGACGCUUUUCUCUGUAAGUGUCAAAAUUGCAAGACUUCCAUCGAAAAAGAACAUGCAGAAACGAACAACGGAAGAGGUUAUACGAACCACAAGAUUACAGAAGAAAAAGUGUGAAACCAAAAAUCCACAAAUUGCAUGCACUAUUGCUUAUAUCUGCAAUGUGUUUUUAUAUAAGAAUAACUGCUUAAACAAUUAAGCUUCAUUGUUUUGUAUCAUGCAUAAAGUUAACUUCUAUUUCAUCACACCGUAUCAUUGCGAGAUGAAUAUUGUUUUCGCGAUAAAUUUUUCAUAUUGAAUUUGAAACAAAAUCAAUUUUUGAGAAGUUUUCUCAUGGAAAAUUCCGUGACAAAAGAUUUAAGGCUACUGUAAAAUUAUGUUCCAUAGCAGAAAAACUAACAAGAGAAAUUUCAAAUGAAGUGGAUUGUCUGGUGGGUAUAACAAAACAGUUCUUUCAACGAAGAACGAUUCAAAUUAAAAAAAUUUGAUUGAUCAUUUUGUACAAUUCUAUUUUUGAUAGUUGUUUAUUCGUUGAUAUGUAAGUAUGAAUUGAACGUUAUCUCGAAAAUACGGAUUUUGAAGGUAAAUAAACUGUACCGAGUUCAA